GGCGAUGGCCUGCGGAGGCACAUGGCGUCAUUUCCGGCAGUGAGGGCCCUGGCGUCAGGUGACCGGUGACAUCACUGGGAGUUUGGUCACGGCAGUCGGGAGGCCAGGAGGACAGGAGAGGUUGAUUCAAUUUUGAAGAUCCAGUCAUGCUGCGGGCAGGAUUUCGAUCUGAGCGUUUACGGGUGAACUUGAGACUAGUUAUCAAUCGGCUUAAGCUGCUGGAAAAAAAGAAAACUGAAUUAGCUCAAAAAGCCAGGAAGGAAAUUGCAGAUUAUCUUGCAGCUGGGAAGGAUGAGCGGGCGCGGAUCCGUGUUGAGCAUAUCAUUCGAGAGGACUACUUGGUGGAAGCCAUGGAGAUUCUGGAAUUGUACUGUGAUUUGUUGCUUGCACGAUUUGGCAUGAUCCAAUCAAUGAAGGAACUGGAUGCAGGUCUGGCAGAGGCAAUCUCUACACUAAUCUGGGCUGCCCUAAGGUUGCCUUCAGAAGUAGUAGAGUUGAAAAUAGUUUCCGAUCAGCUCUGUGCCAAAUAUAGUAAGGAAUAUGGAAAACUUUGCAGAACAAACCAAAUAGGAACUGUGAAUGAGAGGCUCAUGCUCAAGUUAAGUGUUGAAGCACCUCCCAAAAUCCUAGUGGAGAGAUACUUAAUCGAGAUAGCAAAGAACUAUAAUGUUCCAUAUGAACCUGAUUCUGUUGUCAUGGGUGAAGUUCCAGUAGGAGUGGAAGCCGAUUUGAUUGAUGUUGAUAAUGGAGGUAAAAAAGGUGGACCUGGUGGAGGAGGUGGUGGAGGAUUCACAGCACCCACUGCAGGCAUUAUGUCAAUGCCUGUACCACCUGUACCAUUCUCUUACCCUCCAAGAAAAGGACCCGAUGAUUUUAAUGGUUUCUCAGUGGACACUUAUCAGCCAUUCAACAACUUCCAGCCUCCAAACAUUGGAGGAAAUCCACCUCCAAUUCCAAUGCAACCUCCAACAUAUGAAUCUAUUGAUGAUGUUAGCAGUACUGACACUCAUUUGCCUUUAUCCAAGUUACCUGGUCCUUCAGCCCCAACUGCCGCACCUCGGAAGACGUUUGGACCUGCUGCUCCUGGCCCAAGCGACUUUAUAUAUGAUAACUUGACACUACCAGAGUUGCCCUCUGUGCCUGACACCUUACCAGCAACAUCUGUGGGUGGCACUUCUACAGCUUCAGAAGAUAUCGAUUUUGAUGAUCUCUCGCGCCGAUUUGAGGACUUGAAGAAAAAAACUUAACUUUCUUGAUUAUUAAAUUCUCCUUUAAUUUUCGGAGUAUCCUAAAUUCACCAGUGCAUCUCUGCUUUAACCUGAAAGCUUUACAAUGGAACCAGAUGCUGUGUAUACUGGAAUAUUAACACUCCUUGAAAAUAUUUUUGGCUUUCUUUCAGUGGAUGUUAUACUGUACUUUCAGAUAUUAUUCUAUCAGGUUAUGUUUGUAUUUAGGGGGGGGGGGGGGGACUUGCUGAACUAAAUGGGUACAAUGAUUCAAAUGAAAUUUGGCCAUGACUUCACACCUUCAUUAGUGUAUACUUGGUUAAAUGCCAAUCCCUUACGAGACGCGACCAUACAUUGGGUUGACAGCUGCCAACUGAGAUUACCUGUAAUGUCAGAAUUGUAUAAGGGAGAGCAAACUAGUUAACUUGACAAGAUAAGUUGGCAAUAAACUUGGUAAAAGUGUACAUAGUUUUGAUCUAGUUAUUUAUGCGGUAACUUGUGUAUGCAAAGAAAUUGAGGUUUCUAUAUUUGGGUGGGUAACCUUUUAUUAUCUAGUCUGAUGUAAACUUAAUCUGUAAUAAAACACUGUCAUUAUACAUCAGCUUUUUUAAAUUAACUGGAUUUUCUGCACUUGAAAUUAUUAAACAAUUUCUAUGAAACUACUUUGAUAGAUAGUAAUUGCAUUUGCUGAAUGUAACAUUUCCUCAACAAAAGAAAUCUAAAAUGUGUUCAGAUUUGGAUUGCAUGGGUUAUUGUAUAUUUCUGGCCAUUUUUAAAUUAUGACCUAGGUAGUGUGAAGAAUUUUUUGUCAUGUCAGAUAUAUAUACAAAUUUUGGGUGAGCACUGAAAUCUAAUAACUUGCUCAACCUGUCUUAUCUGCAUUUAUUCACAUCUUGCGCUCUUUUUAUGCCUCUGUAGAGUACAAAUAUACAAAAUCAUCCGAUCAAUAAUUUUUAUUGAUUUUAUUCCUUAAUGAUUAUGAGUUCAUCAAUUAAUGCUCUGAGGACACGACAUGCUAAUAGUCUUUUGUGGCCACGGCAUGCUAAUAGUCUGGGAAACACACUGUGCAUAUCCCUGCAAGAGGUGCCUAAUAAUUAAAUGUUCAUUACGUUUUACUAUAGGUUUCUCGAUCUUCAUGGAGUGCCCUUUGAAUGGAAUCCAUGUCUGAGAUAGUGGUGUUUUUUGCUUUAUUGAGAAAUAUGUAAAUGCAGCAAGAUUACUAAAGACAAAAUGGAGAAAAUGCUUUGUCUUCCAUAAACUCAAGACUGACCCUCUGUUGCUUACUAUAUUUCUCACUAUUACGCUAAUCAUAGGUAGGUGUAAUUAGAUGCUAGUGCACAGCCAGAUAAACCACAUGGGCUGAGAUGGUGUCUGUGUAUCAGGUGAUGGGCAAGCAAAUUAAAGUGUCUGAGUUUCACAAUUAUUGCACAGCCAUUCAUAUUCUUUUAUUCGGUUAUCAAAAUCCUUCCAAGGCAGCAAGCUCAUUACAACAGUUUGAAAUAGUGAUUCUUUAACUUUUCUCUUCCAACUGGAAUGGUUUCUCAUAACGGCUGAUAGAAUUGGAUGGAGCAGCAAUAUUAACAAAUUCUGAUUUUCCAGAGUUAAUUUGUGCAUGCAUGCAACAGUGAUUGAUGACAUAAUGUGUAUAGGGCCUGGACGCUGUAAAAUAACAGUGUGAUCAACCAGGUGGCAGACUAACUUAUUGACCAUCUACUGUUUAUUGGAAGUGCUGAAUAGAUCUAAAAAAUAAUCAGUGUAACAGCUCUGUUAAUAAGAUUGCUCAUAAUUUUCACUUCAUGAUGUGUUGAUAAAAAUGAUUUUCUAAAUCCUUAUUAUUCAUGGUAAACAAUGUUUUGAAGGCCUUGUUCAUUUUUAACCACAAAUCUGAUUUAAGUCUGUUUAUUAUAUGUUUUAACAGUACUAAAUAAAAUUACUUUAAAAAGCU